AUGUGGCUCCUCCGCUCGCUGCUGCUGCUGCGCUCGGCGGCCGGGCGCGCCAUGUCGCAGGGACCCGCCCGCCGCCAGCGGCCGCCCAAGGACCCGCUGCGGCACCUGCGCACGCGGGAGAAGCGCGGCGCGGCGUGGGAGCCCGGGGGCCCGAACACCGUGUACCUGCAGGUGGUGGCGGCCGGCGGCCGGGACGUGGGCGCGGCGCUCUACGUGUUCUCGGAGUACAACCGGUACCUCUUCAACUGCGGGGAGGGCGUCCAGAGACUCAUGCAGGAGCACAAGUUGAAGGUGGCUCGUUUGGAUAACAUAUUCCUGACCCGAAUGCACUGGUGUAACGUGGGGGGGUUGUGUGGAAUGAUUCUUACCUUGAAGGAAACGGGGCUCCCCAAGUGUGUGCUUUCUGGACCUCCACAACUGGAAAAAUAUCUAGAAGCUAUCAAAAUAUUUUCUGGUCCAUUGAAAGGAAUAGACCUGGCCGUGAGGCCCCACUCUGCACCAGAAUACAAGGAUGAGACCAUGACCGUCUUCCAGAUCCCCAUAUACAGUGAGCUGAAGCGAGCAGAACGCCAGCCAUCUCAGAGUCCAGAAAGACUCAGUCCAGGGCAGUCUUCGGAUUCUGGAUCCGCCGAAAACGAGCAGCACCUUCCAGACGGUAUUGGCCAGAAGAAGAGCGGCCGGGACCCCACCUUGGUUGUAGCUUUUGUCUGUAAGCUUCACGUGAAGAAGGGCAACUUCCUGGUGCUCAAAGCCAAGGAGCUGGGCCUGCCAGUCGGGACAGCUGCCAUUGCCCCCAUCAUUGCUGCUGUCAAGGACGGGAAGAGCAUCACUUAUGAGGGCAGGGAGAUUUUGCCUGAAGAGAUCUGUACUCCUCCAGAUCCUGGUCUUGCUUUUAUUGUGGUAGAAUGUCCGGACGAAGAAUUCAUUCAGCCCGUGUGUGAGAACGCCACCCUCCGGAGGUACCAAGGCGAUGCCGAUGCCCCUGUGGCGCUGGUGGUGCACAUGGCCCCCGAGCAUGUGCUGGCGGACCCCAGGUACCAGCAGUGGAUGGAGAGGUUUGGGCCUGCCACCCAGCACCUGGUCCUGAAUGAGAGCUGCUCCUCGGUCCACAAUCUCCGCAGCCACAAGAUCCAGACGCAGCUCGGCCUCAUCCACUCUGACAUCUUCCCCCCGCUUGCCACCCCCCACCGCCAGGAGGAACACACCACCUUCCGCGUGCCCACGGUCCGGGGCGAAUGUCUCCUCAAGUAUCAGCUCCGUCCGCGGAGGGAGUGGCAGAGGGAUGCUGUCAUUGUCUGCAAUCCCGAUGAAUUCAUAGCUGAGGCCCUGGAGCUCCCCAAUUUCCAAGAGAGUGUGCAGGAAUACCGGAAGGCUAUGCAGGACGGCCCAGCCCCAGCAGAGAAAAGAAGCCAGUAUCCAGAAAUCAUCUUCCUCGGAACAGGCUCUGCCAUCCCGAUGAAGAUUCGAAACGUCAGCGCCACGCUUGUCAACAUAAGCCCCGACAGGUCCCUGCUCCUGGACUGUGGCGAAGGCACGUUCGGGCAGCUUUGCCGUCACUACGGGGACGAGGUGGACAGGGUCCUGGGCACCCUGGCUGCCGUGUUCGUGUCCCACCUGCACGCGGAUCACCACACGGGCUUGCUGAAUAUCCUACUGCAGAGAGAACGAGCUCUGGCAUCUCUAGGGAAGCCGUGUCACCCUCUGCUGGUGGUCGCCCCAACCCAGCUCAAGGCCUGGCUCCAACAGUACCACAACCACUGCCAGCAGCUGCUGCACCAUGUCAGCCUGAUUCCUGCCAAGUGCCUUCAGAAAGGAGCGGAGGUCUCCAGUCCCGCGGUUGAAAGGCUGAUUGCGUCGCUGUUGGGAGCCUGCGACUUGGAAGAGUUUCAGACCUGCCUGGUGCGCCACUGCAAGCAUGCUUUCGGCUGUGCGCUGGUCCACACGUCCGGCUGGAAAGUGGUCUAUUCCGGGGACACCAUGCCCUGCGAGGCUCUGGUCCAGAUCGGGAAGAACGCCACCCUCCUGAUACAUGAGGCCACGCUGGAAGAUGGCCUGGAGGAGGAGGCCGUGGAAAAGACACACAGCACCACCUCCCAGGCGAUUGGUGUGGGGGUGCGCAUGAAUGCGGGGUUCACCAUGCUGAACCACUUCAGCCAGCGCUAUGCCAAGGUGCCUCUCUUCAGCCCCGACUUCAACGAGAAAGUGGGGAUUGCCUUUGACCACAUGAAGGUCUGCUUUGCGGACUUCCCGACGGUGCCCAGGCUGAGCGCCCCGCUGAAAGCCCUGUUUGCCGGCGACAUCGAGGAGAUGGAGGAGCGCAGGGAGAAACGGGAGGUGCGGCAGGCGCGGGCGGCGCUGCUCUCAGGGGAGCAGGCGCGCGGCCCUGAUGACAGGACGCCCCCGCAGAAGCGGGCCCUCGUGGAGCAGCCUCGGAGUCCGCAGAGCAAGAAGGGACAGACCUGCUGGAUGGGUCGUACCGCCGCCACCUGGCACGGCUUUGGACCCGAGGCUGCUGGACGGAAGAACAGGGACAACUGGGAGUUGGUACUGACCAUUUUUAAGGAAGCUGCACGGAAAACGCAGCAUGGCCUGCCUGUUCCAGUCACGUGCUCCCUCUGCACACCCGCGCCAAGCUGGGUCACAGGACGCUGGGUCGUGGACACAAUGUCAGAGUAUUCAGGACUCCGGGAAUAGCGUUGCCAGAGGCAGGCCUCAAGAUGCUGCCUGGAACCCGAGUGUUGUGCUUUGCCCCGGUGCCACCUGUGAGUAGGAGCCUCCUGCCCUGCGGCACAGUGCUCCCUGGCACCCACGGUGACCUGGAAGCCGGCUCUGCUGGUGGUGGUGAGGGCCUUCAGAGCCUGUCCCCGGAGAAAAGGGGGGAGACCAGGGAUGGGUCUCUGCCCCCCAGUGAGAUCUGGCCCCCCUACUGCCCUCAGUGUGUUGACAAAUCAGUCGUGGAUUGGGCCCUCUCGCCCUCCCUUGGGGAUCUAACAAUGGAGAGAAUUCCCGGUGGAUCCGUAUUUGUUGGUAAGAACAGAGCUUUAAAAGCUCAGGUGACUUAGAAGAGAUGGUUCGAGGACUCAGCCUAGCCCAGCCGUGACCGCAGGUGUCCUCCCGAGGAGUGUCCCCCACAAGCUUAUUGUUGAAACAAGAAGAUAGGCCACGCUCAGGGAUAAUAAAUCUAUUUUAAUAACA